CCGGACACCACAGAUGAAGGAUUGGCUGCUGGAGCUCUGUUUUGGUUUUUGGAUUUACGUCUGUUUACUUGUCGGCUGGCGUCGUUUGAAAUAUAAUACAACGCUAAAUAAAUAAUCUAAUAUAAAGAUAAAUAAAACCGUCUCUCCCUCCAUUAGACUAAUAUAGAAUUGGUAAGUUAGAUGAUUUGAAUGCUAAGGCUCCAAACACGAUGGUGUAUCAUUGUUGUGCAUAUAACUGUAAAAACACUGCGAGGAACAAGAGUCUCUCAUUCCACAAAUUCCCUCUGAAAGACCCCAACUUGCUGAAAAAGUGGCUUAACAAUUUAAGAUGGAAAGACUGGAAACCUGCUCCAAACAGUAAAAUCUGCUCCAUCCACUUUGAAAAGAAGUGUUUGAUUGAAGAUGGGAAGAGAGCAAGACUUCAUUCAUGGGCUGUGCCGACCCUCUUUUCAUUCCCAAAUCGAUAUCUAGAGAGAAAGGUUAAAAUCAAUCCUAGAAGCAAAAGAGCUUUGGGAAUUGUUGCUGACUCAAACUCAUCUGGUCAAGCAGCACCUGAAGCGACAGCAGAAACUUCGCAGAAGUCUAACUCAGAAAAACCUGAGCACAGAACUACAGAGAGUUUACAGCCGAACACAUCCAAAAGUAGUUCUAGCCAGAUGAGAACAGACCCAAAGAGCGUUUCCACACAGCAACCGACAGAACCGGAAAAAAGUCAACCAUGGACCAUCUUGGGUGAUGAAGCUCUCGACAGAAGCAUGACUAUACCCAGUUUCUUUCACAGUGGAUAUUGUUUGCCCGAUAACAUCCACUGGGCUGGAGAUGAUGAAUUAAAUAUUAUGCCGCAUGUGGCUUAUGGAGUUUUAGGACAAAUGAAGCCCCAUAUCAUCGAGGUUAAAGAGAGGUGGGAAUGGCUUGGGCUGGAUGUUAGAGGCCCGUUCUCUCCCACAGUAGACCAGCACACGCACAUCAUGACCCUGACUGACUACCAUUCCAAAUGGGUGGAAGCUUUCCCUCUGACUCAGAAUCUCAGUCAGGAUGUGGCCACGUGUCUCGCUGAAGUCAUCAAUCAGCAGGGAUACCCCCUCGGAAUUCUCUCCCGGCUUCCCAAGCGGAUCCUCAUGGAAGUUAAUCGUGAGUUGAAGAAGCGCCUGAGGUUGAAUUCAAGUGCUUUAGUCAUACAUCACCGGCAAACUGGUUACAUGGACUUGGUCACCGAAUCACUUCUUAAUGAGAUGCUGGAUGAGCUGGUGAAGAAGCACGGCAGCAUCUGGCAUAUCCUCCUCCCUGCUGCCACUCUGCGCCUCUGCUGCACCAAUCACCCCACGACCAAAGAGAAACCCUUCACCCGCAUGUGUGCCAGUGACCCACCGUUCUCAUCCACACCCAGAGAACUCUCUUACAGUGCCACUGAUGUUCGCUUGAGUUCUUUUGUCAUCCCAACCACUGAUGCCAACAAUCUAGGAGCUGUGUCAGACACUUAGGUGCACUCUCUCAAGGAUCAGAUUUUUUCAGAUUUAUUCCCAGUAAAAAAAACUAAACUUUUUGUCAUGUUUACUUGACCCUAGCAUUUCACUUACACUUUGCAGUACUG